UCCUUUCUUUCCUCCAACAAACCUUCAAUUCUCUUUCAGAAACACAGUUUCAAACCUGAAAUUUCCAUUUGUCGAUUCCAAGCUCUCAUCAAUGGGUCUCUCAGUUGAGAAUUCGGUAACACAAUCUCAUACCCGAACCCACAAAACCUUCCUCAUCACCAACUACAUCCUCUUGGGAGCUGCUUCCGCCUGUAUCUUCCUCAUCCUCUCCCUACGCUUGUUCCCGUCCUUGUGUGGAUUCUUCCUUAUCCUCCUCCACGUCGUCACCAUAGCCGCCGCCGUCUCGGGUUGCUCCGUCGCCACUUCCGGGUCCAACAAGUUCUACGCAGCUCACAUGGUAGUGAUGGUGUUGACAUCGAUAUUCCAGGGCUCGGUUUCGGUGCUUAUAUUGACCCGAACUUCUGACUUCUUGGGGUACUUGAAGUCCUACGUGAGGGAAGAUGAUGGGGCGGUGAUAUUGAAGUUGGCUGGUGGGCUAUGUGUGGCUGUUUUCUGCUUGGAAUGGAUGGUGUUGGGGCUUGCUUUUGUGUUGAGAUACUAUGCCUUUGUGGAAGGUCAUGGGGUUGGCAAUGGCAGCCAAGCAGCAUAUCAGAGAAAUGGGAAGGUUCAAGAUGAAGAUUUGAAGAAGUGGCCAUGGCCAAUCCAAGUUUAAAAAUGAUAAUAUUCAUAUAUGCUUGUCAGAUUGGUUAUUCGUUGAUUUGUUUGUAAUGUUUGGUCGAUUGAAAUUUUAUUUUCGAAAUCAGCAUA